AUGGCUAUUACCCCAGAAAUUCUCAACAAGCUUCAGCUAAACCCAUCAUGCAUCAGGAACAUUUGUAUUUUGGCACAUGUCGACCAUGGUAAAACAACAUUGUCAGACUCUUUACUAUCUACAAAUGGUAUUAUUUCCCAAAGAAUGGCCGGGAAAGUAAGAUAUUUAGACUCCAGGCCUGAUGAACAACUCAGAGGUAUCACUAUGGAAAGUAGUGCUAUCUCAUUGUAUUUCAGGUUAUUGAGAAGAAAGUUACCUUCAAAGGACGAUGAUGAGGUAUCUCAGGUCGAACCUGUCAUCGAAGAACAUCUAAUCAACUUGAUUGAUUCUCCUGGUCAUAUUGAUUUCAGCUCAGAAGUUUCUGUGGCAUCGCGUCUUUGUGAUGGGGCCCUUGUUCUUGUGGAUGUUGUUGAAGGAAUUCAAUCACAAACUGUCACUGUAUUACGUCAAGCUUGGAACGACAAGUUAAAGCCGGUUUUGGUGUUGAACAAGAUUGACAGAUUAAUAAUUGAAUUGAAGAUGAGUCCUUCUGAAGCAUACACUCAUUUGAAGAAAAUCGUUGAACAAGCGAACGUGGUUAUUGGUAGUUUUUUCGCCGGGGAAAGAAUGAUCGAAGAUGAAAUUUAUAGAGAGAAUUUGGAAAAAGAUGGUCAAGCAGAAUUCGUGGGAAAGGAUGACAAAGAUUUGUAUUUCCAUCCUGAAAAAAAUAAUGUGAUUUUUGGCAGUGCCAUUGAUGGCUGGGGCUUCACCAUUCAGCAGUUGGCUGCAUUCUAUGAAAAGAAGCUUGGUUUCAAGCGUGAGAAUUUACAGAAAGUUCUUUGGGGUGACUUCUAUCUUGACCCAAAGACAAAGAAGGUUAUCAAUUAUAAAGGUUUGAAGGGAAGAAAAAACUUGAAACCUUUGUUUGUACAAUUGAUUCUAGAAAAUAUUUGGAAAAUUUACGAAAAUACUGUCACCCAAGAAUCUGCCAGAGAUCCAGAAGUUUUGAAUAAAAUUGUGAAGGCUUUAAAUAUCAAGGUAUUGCCUAGGGACCUUCGUUCUAAGGAUACAAAGAAUUUGCUCAAGACCAUUAUGUCUCAAUGGCUUCCUAUUUCAUCGUCUAUUCUUGUCACUGUGGUUGAACAGCUCCAGUCACCAAUUGAAUCACAAGCAAUUCGUAUUCCAGCUAUUUUGGAUGUGAUUCCUAAUUCCGAAAUGAUCAAUGAAGAAUUAAAGCAAUCCAUGCUCGCCUGUGAUAAUAACGGUCCGGUGUCUUGUUAUGUUUCCAAGAUGAUUAGUGUUCCCGAUGAAGAUUUACCUGAUAGAAAUAAAAAAAUCUUGUCAGCCAAUGAAAUGGCAGAAUUGGGAAGAAUCGCAAGAGAAAAGGCUAGAAAAGUGGCUGAACAAGCUAGAGCCUUGGAGGAUGAUAAAAAAUUAAACGAUGGCCUUGGUAAUAUGAAUAUCACGACAACACAGGUAUCAUCCAAUUUUGAUGAUUUCGGUGAUUUUGAAGACGAGGAUUUCGAUGAUUUUGAUUUUGGAGAGCCAAAGGAUAUCAAUGUGUCUAAAGAAACCCUUAUUGGUUUCGCCAGAAUUUACUCAGGAACUUUAAAAAUUGGCUCAAAGUUAACCGUUCUAUCACCAAAAUAUGACCCGCUAAAUCCUUCUCCUGAACAUAUUUCCGAACUAGAAAUUGAAGAUUUAUAUUUAUUAAUGGGCAGAGAGCUUGUGUGUAUCAAUGAGGUUCCUGCAGGUAAUAUUGUGGGUAUCGGUGGUCUUGCUGGAAAAUUACAUAAAAAUGGUACCUUGGUGAGCUCUUCGGCUCUCAAUAAAUCAUUGAGCAAUGGUAUUAAUCUCAGUGCCGUUUCUACUUUGACAGCAAUUCCCCCAAUUGUUCAAGUCGCUGUCGAGCCGGUAAACCCACUUUAUUUGGAUCAGCUCAGUCAUGGUUUGAAGCUUCUUUGUGAAAGUGACCCUGUGGUUGAAACCUACUUGAAUGACAAGGGUGAAAAUAUUUUGUGUUGUUCUGGAGAAUUACACUUGGAAAGAUGCUUGAAUGAUUUGAAGGAAAGGUUUGUUGGUGUAGAGAUCCAGGCCUCCGAACCAAGUAUUCCAUAUCGUGAAACCAUUGUUGGGCCUGAGGGUUUAUCUUCGUCAAGCGACGCAAAUGCCUACGAAGGGUUUGGGAGUAACGAAAUCAAUCCAAUCAAACAUCCUGAAUUCGGGGGUAGAGGUCACUACGUCUUUACUCUCAACAGUGAUGAUGAUACAUCAAAGGCCAUUGAGUUCAAAAUCAGCGUCAAGCCUUUACCAGCACCAAUCACCAGUUAUCUAAAUACUAAUAUUGCCUUGAUUAACUCAGUUAUGAAUUUGAAAUCUAAACAAGAAAAUAUCAAGAAAUUGGAGGAUGAUUUGUCCAAGAUUAUUGAUGUUCAAUUGAACUCUGAUGAAAUUAAAAAGCAAAUCUCCAAAAACAAAGACAAUUUCUAUAAUGCAACUGAAGAUAUUAAGGCUUCAAUUAUCAACAAUAUCGUUACUUUUGGUCCAAAAAGAAUUGGUCCUAAUCUUCUUAUUGACAAAUCUGGCAAAUUAUCAAACCUCAAUGUCAAACAGACUUUGUCAUUCGAAGGCUCUAUCAUCAACGGAUUUCAACUAGCAAUGAUGGAAGGUCCAUUGGCUUCGGAACCUGUGGAAGGCGUAUCGGUUUUCAUUGAAGAAAUCAACUUCAUUGGAGAUGAAGAUCAUUCUUCUAUCGUUGCAAGCAUCACAAACUUGGCUGGGAAACUUCUCAGACAAACCAAAGAUUCUAUCCAUCAAGCGUUCCUUGACUGGUCGCCAAGAUUGAUGUUGGCUAUGUACUCGUGUGAUAUUCAGGCAACCUCUGAAGUAUUGGGUAAAGUUUAUGCCGUUAUUCAAAAACGUCGGGGAAGAAUUAUUUCUGAAGAAAUGAAAGAAGGUACUUUGUUGUUCAGUAUCAAGGCUAAGAUUCCGGUUAUCGAGGCAUUUGGUUUCAGUGAAGAGUUCCGUAAAAAGACCAGUGGGGCAGCUAUUCCACAAUUGGUAUUCAACGGAUACGAAAUCAUUAAUGAAGAUCCAUUCUGGGUGCCAAAGACCGAAGAAGAAUUGGAAGCCCUUGGUGAAUUCGCUGAAAGAGAAAACAUGGCCAGAAAAUACAUCAACACUAUCAGAAAGAGUAAAGGGUUGUUCGUUGAUGAGAUCACUGUCAAGAAUGCUGAAAAACAAAGAACUCUCAGAAAGGAUUAG